UUUUUUUUUUUUUUUUGGCUUUCCUUUUCUUCGUUUUUUUUUUUUGGGUCUCAAAGGAAUUUGGAAUUGUGAGAGAUUUUCUGUCUUUUUCUUCUUCUUCUUCUUCUCCCAUGGCUGACGUUUUGAGCAAAACGAGUCUUUUUUCUUCAAUAAAUCAAAGCAUAUCUGUCUUUCCCAAGAGUUGUAACUUCAUCAAAUCAGGUCCUUGUUGUUCUCUGAAGCUCAAAUCCAACCCUUCAACGACGUCGUUUUCGUCCAACAGUGAUUUUCAUGGAAAGAGAAUUGUUCUUCAGAGAGAACCCAGAAGGACUUCCCCAUCCCAAGCAUCCACUAUAAACGCCCAGACAGCGCUUCGAAUUGGGAAAGCUCACAAAUGGUGGGGAAAAGGGCUACAACCAAAUAUGAAGGAGGUAACAUCUGCACAAGACCUUGUAGAUUCCUUGCUCAAAGCUGGUGAUAAGCUUGUUGUUGUUGACUUCUUCUCUCCUGGUUGUGGAGGCUGCAAAGCUCUUCAUCCCAAGAUAUGUCAGUUUGCAGAGAUGAACCCAGAUGUUCAAUUCAUUCAGGUGAACUAUGAGGAGCACAAAUCCAUGUGUUAUAGCCUCAAUGUUCAUGUUCUGCCUUUCUUCCGCUUUUAUCGAGGCGCUCAUGGCCGUCUUUGCAGCUUUAGCUGUACCAACGCCACGAUCAAGAAAUUCAAAGAUGCAUUGGCUAAGCACAGUCCGGAUCGCUGCGGCCUCGCUCUGCCGAAAGGGCUGGAGGAGAAAGAACUCAUAGCUCUCGCCGCGAACAAAGAUCUUUCCUUUACCUACACUCCCAAACCUGUUGAGCCUGUGCCUGCCCCUGCCCUUGCCCCUGCUGAGCAAGUAGUUGCGGCGGAAGCAGAGCCAUCUUCUUCGAACAAAGAACUUGUCGUGCCAAGAGGUUUGAGUUUUGCCCGAGAUUCCGAGGAUAAAACCUUAGUCGCUGCCGGGAGAUGAUGGGGUUGGUUUUCGCCAUCCCCGUAUAUCCAUGUACAGCACACUUUUGUGGUUUUUCUUCAUCUUGUAAUAUCCGUUUUAGAUGUCAAAAUGAUCACCAAGGUUGAGUAAACAAAUAAGUGUUCCCAUGGAGUUGCAGGCGUUUGGAUUUAUUUUUUUGGAUCCCGGCCUGCUGGUUUUCUGAUAAUAUCAAAGAGCAAACAAUUGUGUGUUAUGUUAGUUUGCUCUUUUUAUGUUUUUGAGAGAAAGCCCAUCUCUCCCUCUGUGAUUGUAAAAAUUAUUAGUCUUAUAUUCAUAGAUGGAAGAUCUUUUUUUUUUUUUUUU